AUGAAUUAAAUGUCGCCAAUUAACUACCACAAUAAUAACAAUUCUAAUCAUACUACUUCUUUGAAUAAUAACUAACCUGAUUAGUACCAUUUUGAGAAUUCACAUAAUCGUUCAAUCGCCUCAAAUAGCAUAAAUAUUAGCAACUCUUAGAAAAAUGAAAAGCUGUCCUAAUAUCUCACUCUGUCGCAAAGAAACGGAGAUUUUCUUAGGAUUGAUGAUAAUUAUGAUGAAAAUUACUCACUUAUCGAGAUUAACAGAGGUAAAUUCCAAAAAAUAUUUCAAUUACUGAGUACUUCAAACAACUCCCGAAUAAAUUUCACUGAUUUACAAAGAUUCUGCAAAUAGGUGAAUAUCUUUCCAGAUUUGACGAAUGUGGGAGAUCUCAAAAAAUUAGUGGCUGGAAUUACCUUUUUAAAUGAAAAGUAGUAGUAAUUUAAUAACAAUGCUGUUUAUACUUAUGAAUAAUUUGAGUAAAUUCUUUAUGAACUAGCAACAUAGACUCUUCAUCUAGCAAAGUAAAAAUCGGAAAGAGUUCGUAUUUUCCUAUUACACAUUAAAAAUCCCUGCAAAAUGCAUUAUCAAAUUUAGAAUUUUACCUUUGAAAAAUCUAAAUAAAAUAUAAGCGCAGUUAGCAAGUCAAUAUCUAAAAUUUAAUCACAGAAUGAGAAUAAUGGUGCCUCUGAUAACAAAUCAGAGAAGUCGCUCAAUUUCUUCAUUAAUCCAUAAGUUAAUCAGAAAGCAAUGAUCCAGUAGCAAAGUGCAAACAUAUCACCAAUAAGGACUUAUUAUAAUUAGGGAGAUUAGAGCUCUCUCGAUAAUAUGCUUAACAAGAGUAGAACAUCAAGAAAUGGAUUACAUUAGGAUAAUAACAGAGGUUCUUUUGUAUCUGACAAUAGCAGGUCAUAAAAAUCUUAAAUUGAUGAGAACUUAGAGCUUGCUCUUAAGACGUUAAAAUUUUAGUAAAAGUUAAGUCAUAAUAAUAGCAGUGGGAAUCUUUCUUAGUAAAAUAGCUAGUCAUAGUAAUCUAAAAAAGAUUAAAUUAUCUAAUCACUUAGGUAGUAAAUUGAACAUUAAAAACCAAAAACUGCUAGAGAAAAUAGCAAACCCAAAAAUGAAAUGAGCGGUAUAAACAAUUAUCUAAGUCCGAAGUAAAAGGAUGAAUAUAUAUUAGUUGAAGAAACUGGUAGCAGUGGCUAAGGUAGUGGGAUGAAGCAUAGCUAAUCCUACCCAUAAAUAAAGCCAACUGAGUAGACAGAAACUGAAAACAAGCAAUUAAUAACUUCUCAGGAAUUAAACAACAAUGAGCUGUAGGAAUUUCUAGAAAUUGAAAAUCAAAUAGUCAAAGACACCACAAUCAAGUCAUAGCCAUUAUCUGAGGAAAAUUCAAUGCAUGUUAUUGUAUCACCAACUUAGACGAAGAUUUAAAAGCUUGUUGAGAAUGGUCAUAAGGCAAAAAAUCACAAAUAAAAAAAAGAUGCUCUCAAUUUGUUUUAAAAAUAGCAGCAAGAAACAAAUUUUACAUUCGCUGAUAAUAGAAGAAUGUCGUCUACUAGAAAUCAAGGUGCAAAAAAAUUUAAUCUAUAGGAUAGCAUUGAAGCUAAAAAUGCAUAUGGUGCAACUGUUGAAAAAUUAUCAGCUAAUAAUAAUACUACACUAAGCAACUAAAAAGCCUCUAAAAACACCACUAUUUAGACUAUAACAGAAAAAAGCACAUAAUCUAAAAAGAGUCAGAAAAGAGAAGAAAGGGAUGAUACAAGGAGCAGAGAAAGAAAGGAUAUAUUAUCAAAAAAUUUAAAAUCUUCAGUAAGGUCUGAAUAAAAGAAAUCAUUCUCAUAGUCACAGUAGUUACAAGAAUAGUUGAAUUCACAAAGAUCAGAUUCAAAAAGUAGAUAAAUUGCAACGAAGGUUACAUUUGAAAGCAAGAAAAAAGUACCCAAAUAUAAUGAUCUAUUAGCAUAGGCUCUGAAUAGAGAAGAAAAAAGAAAUAAUGAAAAAUAGAAAAAACUUUAGACUAUUCAUAAAAAUGAAAAAUAAAUAAAAAGGUUAUUUAACAUAGCAACUAAUUAUCAUAAAAGGCUUACAUUAUCCAAUAUUAAUUCUUAUUCAAACUAAAAGAAAUAAGUAAAACUAGGAUUAAGAAUUCUUUUCAAAUAUAUACAAACAAAAAGAGAUUAAUAAAAACUCCAAGUUUUUAAGCAAUUAUCAGCAUGCGAAGACAAAAAGACGAAAUUAAAAAUCGUAAUUUUAAAGAUAGUAUUUGGUAGAAUCUCAGUAGAAGAUAAAUUGUUGCAGAAUAGUAAAAUAUAGAUAAGUAAAGACAUAGCAUUUAGAAAGUUGAGAGAAAAUUCUAUAAUGAUUGAAAACAAAUCAAUGAAGGAAUAAUUAAAAGAGAUGCAAAGACUCAUAAGAGAAAAUUAGAGAUAAGCUGAUAAGUUACAGAGACUAGAACAGCUUAGUAAUCAGUUUAGAAGUAAAAUAGCUGAAAUUUGA